UUGGCCCGACCGGGACCUGCUCGAAGAAGAUAGAGAUGCUGAGCAGCUGGGCAAGGCGAGUGCUGGGUGGGGAUGAGGACAAGCCGAGCUCAUCCGGAGUAUCCGGUGUGGAAGGAAGCGAGCCGCCGAAACUGCCGGUGACAUCUCGUGCCUUGAGGAGAAAUGUUGGAAAUGAUGUUGAUGAGAGUGACAAGGCCUCUGAAGCAUCCGAGCUCUCACCUCUGAGAGGUGCAGAGACGCCCGGCUCAUGGCGGCACGGAGUGGAGUGCAACCCUUGCGCUUGGUAUUGGAAGCCUCAAGGCUGCAUGCGAGGUAGUGAAUGUGGAUACUGUCAUCUCUGUCCUGAAGGUGAAGUGAAGCUUCGAAAAAAGGCAAAGGUGGCAGCCAUGAGAGGUGUGGCCAGUCCCGCAUCUACCACGUCAAGCUUGUCGCCUACAAAGUUUCAGAAGGAGGAGGCAGAUAUAGAGGUACCUGACCGUCAGCCCAGCAUGUCAGUUGGAGCAGCACUGCAUGGGACUGGUGAAUGUAAGCCUUGUGCGUGGUUCUGGAAGCCGAAGGGCUGCCAGAACGGCGAGGAGUGCCGCCAUUGUCACCUUUGCCCACUGGGUGAAAUCCGACAGCGAAAGAAAAUGAAAGAUAGACUUGCUCGGGAAGGCGGUUACAGUCAGGAGGACCUCAUGAUGCCAAUGGAGCCACUGAAAGUGGAGAUCCCAGGCGCAGCAGGCAUAUCUCCGACAUUUGAAUCUUUGGAAUGUGAGGAACCCCAGAAGGUGGCACCAUCUCCUACUUUGCAACCAACCGAUGCAGCCAUUGCGCCACCCCCAGGGUUGGCUGAUCUUGCAAAGCAAGAGCCUUUGGAGCAGGAAAUUGCACCAUCCCCACUGGCUUUGAGCUUGGCCCAGAUGCUAGAGGAAGAGGAUGAUGGAAAGUACCAGGUAGAGAUCAGUCCUUUCAUGAUGGGCACUGAGAGUGCUGAUGCGGCAGCCCAUGUUUUUCCUUCUGAGGGUUCGAAGUUGCAUGGCACUGGCUUUUGCAGGCCUUGUGCAUGGUUCUGGAAGCCAAAAGGCUGCGACAAUGGGAUGGAUUGCCGCCAUUGCCAUUUGUGUCCCCAGGAAGAGAUCAAGAACAGGCGCAAAGCAAAGCAGAUGAUGCAGAAUGACCCGGGGAGCCCCAUGAUGUGGGGCGGUACAAGCUGGACUCCUCUGUCUGCAAUGGAUUCCAUGAUGACACAGACGCCAGCAUCAAUGUUCCUAGGAAUUGAGUUCUCUGAUCCGACGGUGCUGACACCAUUGGACCUUGGGACCUCUCCAAUGCAAAGCUCCAAUUUUGAUGCUCAAUGGGAUCCUUUUGGGGCACCUUCUCCAGUUUCACCAGAGUCGCCCAAGCUUGCCAUUGACCUUGCCAGUUGCCUGCCGGUGCCUUCUGCAGGUUCCGCACUGCAUGGAACUGGAAAGUGCAAGCCAUGCGCUUGGUUCCACAAGGCAGCUGGAUGCAGCAAUGGCGACUCAUGUGCACAUUGCCACCUUUGCCCAGAGGAUGAGAUCAGAAACCGCAAGAAGGCAAAAGAAGCUGCACUACGUGCGGGCGCUCUGGAACCAAAGCGAGAUGCAGAUAGUCGGAACCCACGAACUGUGCGGAUUGCCCCUCUUUUGGCUGGGUAGAGACUAGAAGGCGACUUUCUACAGUUGUUGUUCAUGUAAAGUUCGGAGAAGGCAUUUUGCCUCUGUUCGUCCGAAAUGUAUCCCAGAAUUCCCGCUGAUCUUCUAGCCAAGCUAGACCAGAUCAGGUCUUGUGUUUUCACUCUAGUAGGAUUGUAUACCAUGGUAUAGCAGUGAGAUCUCAGCUUUGCCAGCUUUGCGCUGCAGUUCCAAAAC